AUGCAUCGAGAAGGUCGUGGCGCUCCUCGUCGAUCCGGCGGAAGACGUACCCAUGUCGCUCUCUUUGUCGCGCAGAUCCGUCGAUUGGCGCUCUCCCUUCUCGAUUUCAUCAACACCCACUUCCACUCCGUCUUUCUUCCUCGCGUUGCUGCUGCCUGGAUCGCCACUGCCCACCACGCUGCUGCUCUACCCAGUGCUUGCGACCCUUCCAAUCCUUCCAAUCCUUCCAAUCCUUCCAAUCCUUCCAAUCCUUCCAAUCCUUCCAAUCCUUCCAAUCCUUCCAAUCCUUCCAAUCCUUCCAAUCCUUCCAAUCCUUCCAAUCCUUCCAAUCCUUCCAAUCCUUCCAAUCCUUCCAAUCCUUCAGGAUGGUGCUUUUAUGGACUCUACUCGCUCCUCUCGCGCUCGGCGACUUCGAGUCUCCGCGAGUGCAAGGAAGUCCUCGACUCCAUCUUGGAGUUCGCUUUCGGACUUAGCAGCAGCGCGAGUAGCGGCAGCAUUGCGAGCCUGGCGUUCCUCACGCGAUGUCUGAGCUGCGCUCCGUAUGGGUGCUGGGAAGAAGUGCUGCAUGUCAUCACGUCGGUGAAUCUGCGCGUGUACCUGUCGAUCAACCAGAGCGAGGCGUUCGAUAUCCUGCACAAUCAAGCGAUUCGACCUUGA